GUAUUUUCCAAACAUAUGUUUACUUUUCGGACACCUGGCCACUCUCAACUAUUUAAGAUGAGCUCGACGCACGAAAAACCGGAGGAGCUGGACAGGAUCCAGAAGAGGGUCAAUAAGAUCCUGGAGGCGCGCCUGGAGUCGGACAAGGACACAUUGGACGCUCUGAGUGGUCUAUCCACUUUCUUCACGGAGAAUACCCUUCAGAACCGCAGGAAUCUUCGUAGCCAGAUCGAACACCGCUCCGUGGGCAUUAACGAGAACUUUCUGAAGGCUUUCCGCCAAGUGAAGCUCUCCCUGGAUGCCGUGUGCGAAGAUCUGGACACGAUGGCCACGUCAGUGGAGACCAUGAAAUCUGAUCUGGAGACCUCAAAGGCGCUCACCAAGGAUCUCAUCAAGCAGACCAACACCAUGCAGCGGGAAAGGGACCGCUUGGAGGUCCACAAGCACAUUGCCCAAGCUUUUCUAGCCCGUUUUCAGUUAAGCGGAGCCGAGCACCAGUUGCUCUAUGGCGCUGCCAAGGAUGCACCAAUUGUGGCGGACUUCUUUCGCGUUUUAGACAGAGUACAAAGCAUCCACGCUGACUGCCGGCUACUGAUGCAGUGUGGCUACCAAACUGCUGCCAUCGACAUCAUGGAGGAGAUGACUUUGCACCAGGAGGGCGCUCUGGAGAGGCUCUACCGAUGGACCCAGAACCACUGUCGCAGUUUGGAAAACAACGAAAUAGGUCCGCUAAUUGUGGAAGCCAUGAGCCGGCUGCAGGACCGUCCUGUGCUAUUCAAAUACGUUAUUGAUGAAUACGCCAUUGCGAGGAGAGCAGUUUUGGUGCGUCAGUUCAUUGAAGCCUUGACAGAAGGGGGUCCUGGAGGAAACCCCAAGCCCAUUGAGCUGCAUGCCCAUGAUCCGAAGAGAUAUAUUGGCGAUAUGUUUGCGUGGCUGCAUCAGAGCAUUCCCACCGAAAAGGAGAACCUAUCGUUGCUGUUCAAGAAGUGCGAUAAGCAGGAUAUUUCCGACCAGCUGCAGAACGCCUUGGGUUACAUAGCCGAUGGAGUAUGUCAUCCUCUGAAGGUCCGAGUAGAGACCAUACUGCAGGCGGAGAAGGACACUAUUGUGUUGUUUACCAUUUCAAACCUGUUGCGGUUCUACCAGCAAAUAAUGCGCCAGGUGGUGCAGGGCGGCAGCCUGGAGGAGUGCCUGGUAGAGCUUCAGAAGAGCAGUGAGCAGAUCUACCUAGGCGCCUUGGCUGCCCAGGUGAGAAGUGUUUUGCAGCGACCUUCUGGAGGAUCGGGCUUGGCCCUGGAACCCCCGCAAAGGGAUCUUGUACCGCCGCCAAGCGUUGCUCGCUUGCUGAAUAUGCUCAAAGAGAUUCUUUCGGUGGCAACCAUGGUCGAUGGUCGGCAAGCAGACAUAACUAAGAUCGUAAGCUGCGUGAUAGAUCCGUUGCUGCAGUCCGUGCAAGAAAGUGCAGCCCAUCUGCCCACUGUGGACAUGGGUGUGUACCUUUUAAACUGUCUGCAUCACAUGCAAAGCUCGCUGGCUGUUUACGAAUAUAUGGACGAGCGCGUGGAGCGGCUCCAGGCGCAGUCGGAUGCCCAGUUGGACACACUAACCUCCGAGCAGGCCUCAUCUCUGGUGGCGAACCUCAAUCUGGGUCCCAUUUACGCUAUUCUACAGAGCAAUCAAUCCAAAAUUGAAACAAACCUGCUGAAGAUCUUCAUGUCCAAGAUGGACGCCUUUCUGGAACUACCCGAUGUAUUGCUCCUGCCGCAAGUGCAGCUCAUCAUGUCCAGCAGUCAUCGGGCCGCGGUUCAGAAGCGGUCUUUCAACGUGAUCGUGGCCAUCUACAAGCAGAUUUAUGAGCGAGUCCAUGAUCCGGCCAACGGCUUCGAGCAGCCGGAGCAGCUACUGCACAGGACGCCCGGUCAAGUGGCUCACAUCCUGACGUCCACUUAGUGGAUAGGUUAUUCCAAUUUCUAUUGUGCAUUACUAUAAUUUAUGUGUAUUUAUUAAUAAAUAUUUCUGUAUUUGGCUCUAAAUGGUAUACAAAAGUA